AUGAAGGCCACUGUCGGCCACAAGGGCCAGCCAAGAGUCCUCAGAGCUUGCGACUCAUGCACGCAUUCAAAGCAGAGGUGCGACGGGCAGCAGCCAUGCCGUCGUUGUGCAGAACGCAAAGAGGACUGCAAAUUCACCAAGGCAGUACGGAAGCGUGGUCGUCGACCACGAAACAGUCUCAGUCAAAUCCAUGAAUCCGCUGGAACGACAAGGGAGAGCAUGCAAUCUCCUCACACCCAGUCCGCAAGUCCCCAAGGCACAAUCUUCUCAAGCGGUGCAUCGACGCAGGAGGGGCUUUCUGCAGGGUUGCCGUUGGAUCGUCGACCUUAUGGUGUUGACACAAGCGCAACUGAAACCCAGCGUUUCCUGACAAGCCCUUCCGAUGCGGAAAAAAUGACAAGGCACAGCCAAGUCUUUCUGAAUCAAGAAAACGUGAUGAAUGGGCGAUUUCAAACACCGGCAAGCAAUCUUUCCCUAGAUCAUCGCGGAUCGCUACCAAGCAUUCAUCAGGCCGUGUUUGAUAACAUGCCAGGAGCAGCCGCAGACCACUUCUCAUUGAGGCCACCCUACCGUUGCCUUGAAUCGAUUCUUCCUCGGCUGGGUGGGAUUCUUCUCGCCGAAGAGGCAUCGGAAAUGUUGGAGAUUUUCUUCAAUGAGAAGCACAACUCUAUGUUCAAGUCGACCUCCCCUUACUUGCUGGCUCAUGUAUUGCACCCAUCGUCAGUCCUUCAUCCUACAGAUCCUCGACCCACAUCGCCUGCUCUCAUUUCAGUCAUCCUCUUCUGUGUCGCGCAGACUGCCGACAUGCGAAUUUUUGAUACACCUGGCGCGCGAGAACGCACGAGCGUGGACUUGUAUCGUCUUUCAAUGGACUUGCUCCAAUCGGAGGACCCAGACAACUACUUUCGAACAUCGGCGCCAGAUGGCUGGCAAUUUCACCCACAUCCUAGCAGCGGCCCACCAAGCAACUCGCACUCGGCACCAGAUCGACAAAGCAGCGGCAAAGCGUUACUUCCACGCCAACUGGGAUCCACAGACACCAUCCUGGCGGUAGCGAUAUUGACCGUGGUCAUCUCCGGGGGCCAUUAUAAAGCCGACUCGCUCAAGUGGCGUGACAAGCUGAUCCGGCUCGUCCGCGCAAGCGGACUGAACAUGGAAGACCAAGAUAUCGAUCUCGGCCCUGUAUUUUGCGGGCUAUACAACGGUGAUGCCACGUUUCGACGGUGGAUGGUCGCCAAGGAGGAGCGCAGGCGACUCUUCUGGCUUAUCUAUUGUCUCGACCGACAUUUGGCUCUCUCUUUCAACAUGCGAAUAAGCAUUGCCGAGGGUACCUUUUGCGUCCGCACACCCCUACCUGAGAAAUUAUGGCAGACUCUCGACACGGCCGAUUUAAAUAGCAUCCCUACGAAUGAACUGGGCCCACCAUCUCAGAUUUCAGGGACUGGGUUCUUUGAGUAUUUUCUGCCUCUGGCGCGGGUGCUGGGACAUAUUAUCGAUCUGCAUCAUUUCAAGGCCCACCCUACGAUCGGGCACUUCAUUCCGCAUGAAGCCAUCCAUCGCAUCGAGACCAUGAUCGCCCAGCGGGAACAGGAGGUCGCUGAUUUGGAAAAUCAGACAGACACGAGCUUGCCGAAUGAUGUCGCUGCACGGCCGUUUCCUCGGUCGUCGGACGGGGGAGUUGCCCCCGGUGUCGAGACCUUUGGCUCUCCCUCCGCAAGCAUGACGAAAGAUUCAAAGGUCCAGCUCGUCAAGAUAUACAGUACUUAUCUCCUGCACGUCUUUUACAUUCUCCUUCACGGCAAGUGGGAUCCUAUCUCCAUGAUUGAGGAUCGCGAUGACUGGAUUACCUCGGAAAGUUUCGUGACCUGCGCUUCGCAUGCCCUGAGCGCAUCUGCAGUCGUUUCGCAGAUUCUCACCAUUGAUCCCGAAAUGACGUUCAUGCCUUAUUUGUUCGGGAUAUACCUGUUGCAAGGGAGUUUCAUCCUCCUUCUCUUUGUGGAUCGUAUGCCGGAACUCGGGCCAAAUCGGUCGGUGGAAGAGGUCUGCGAGACGAUUAUUCGCGCCCAUGAAGUGAGCGUGGUCACCCUUGAUACGACGUUUCAGAAAAACUUUCGCAAGGUGUUUCGGUCCAUGCUGUACGACGCCCAGCAGGCUGGACCACAUUCUUGGGAUGAGCAUAAGGCGCGUCGGAGAGAACUACUGUCUUUAUAUCGAUGGACACCGCUGGCCCAAGGGCUUGCAUAUUAA